UGGAGUCCGACCCCCUGCCGCAUACCCAGACACUUCGAAUAGAACUUGCCAAGUUAGGAUUCAUAAUAAAAAUCAUUUCACGUGACGUGUGUCAACGCGUUCGUGUCGACGUUUGAACCAACUUCCACCCCCAUCACUACCUUGCCCACGAAUCAUUAAAACAUGUUUUUAUCUUUUUAUCUUUUUAUCGUACUCGCGCACGUAUUGCUGGCAGUCGCCGCGCGGUCUACGAACAGAUACCAAGGUCUCAGGGUCGAUACGAUACAUGCAGAUCAACGGCACAACGAGACUCUCGCCACGAGAACGAGCUUACAGAACAAGAAACCUUAUCGCUCUAAAAAAACAGGCGCGAAACAGGUCGCCCGCCUCCAAAGGCGAUCUCGCUUGCUAUUAAAUAAUACUACCCAAACCCGCCGUCCUCGAGUAAACGCUGCGCCAACGCCUCAGCCUACAGGCCCCUCCUCUGUCUCGACUACCGUCUAUAUAAACAGCGUGACCGACUUUGCACUUUUACUUCCUUCAAGGGAUGGAGAGUACAUAUCAGAUGCUGAAACUGACGCGACGGCGUAUUGUACCAAUGGAUCUAACUGCCAGAACACAUUCUCAGCUGACUUCAUCACUGGCGCCAUUAUCUCGGAGGCAAGCGAUGGGUCCUAUAAACAGAUCACCGGAUGCUUGGAUCCCGGAAAGUUCCACUUUGCACAGGACGACGCAGGAGGCCAGAUGGAUUCUCGAUUUCCUAACGGCGCGAAGUGCACCUUCGGGGGAUACGGCGCAAGCUUUAUUGAGCAGGUCGAGCCCUCUGCCAAUCGUUUCUGCCUUCGCUGUUGCGCAUCCUCAGAUGACCAGGUCAAUUGCAAUUCACAUAACGACAAAGCUGGCUGUCCUGUUGCUGUUCCUGGUGUAUAUGACUUUGAUGGCGGAGUGAGCUGCUCCUGACACGGCAGCGUCAACAAUCUAUUUCAAUCCUUUCAUUCAUUCACGCAUUUGUAGCAUGACUGACGUAUUUGUAAUGCCAUUCGUAAUGUAUCACUAUGCCCAAGCCGUUACGGCGGAAUACAAAAUCAUAAAGAAGUCGUGUAAUAAAUUCAUA